AUGAUAAAUUUUUACACGAAUGUAAAUAAUCUUGAUUCCUUUGCUAAACAAGAAAAUGACGAUGUUUUUGAUGAAAUGAGUAAUAUAAAUUACCAUAGCAAUGACAAUGUUCCAAACGAAAACGAAAACGUGCCAGUUAUUGGAAACACUUUUUCAUCGGUUAUUGAUCCUGAAAUUUCCGAUGAUGAACUCCAUGAAAAAAUCCGAACAUUAAACAAAACUCAAAGGCAAGUUUUUGAAGUUGUAAAUGAUUGGGUUAGAACUUACACAAAAAGCUUGGCAUGUAACGCAGACCAUAAAAUUGAGCCAAUUCACACAGGAAGUGCAGGUUGUGGAAAGUCACAUUGGAUAAAAACAAAUUCUGACAUGCUAAAUAAAGCACUUUUUUAUCGUGCAGGGGACUUAGAAAAAGAUAAAACUCCUAUUUUGGCGCACACUGGUGUUGCUGCUAUUAAUGUAGAGGGAAAUAAAAUAAAUUCAGCCUUAGGUAUACCAGUUGAUAGACGUUUUACUAAAAACAUUUCUAAAGCUAAGCAUUAUUGUAAUAAACGAAAUCUCAAUGGUUUCAAACAAGCUGGUGUUGCUAUUCAGCAACGGCUAACUGAUAUAUUUGGAUGCUCAGAUGACUUUCCAUUUGCAGGAAUAUCUGUUAUAGCAUGUGGGGAUUUCUACCAACUCCCACCAAUUCACGCAAGACCAAUUUAUGCAGACUAUAAAGAUGUACUGUUAAAUGUUUCGCAUUGCUGGAAAUAUUUUAAGAUUGCUAAACUAACAGAAGUUAUGAGGCAGCGUGGUGAUCAAUGUUUAAUUAAAUUAUUAAACAAUAUAACAGUAGGGAAAUUAGAAACGCGACACGAAGAUUUACUGAAACCUAAAUUUAUUUUGCAAAAUGACCCGAACUACCCCAAAGAUGCGAUUCAUAUCUUUGCUGAAAACCAACGUGCCUCCGUACACAACAAAGAUAUCCUAAACAGUAUAGCAUUGGAUGAAAUAAAUAUCGAGGCCAUUGACAAAAUUCCAGAAAAUAUUCCUGUGUCAAUGGUUCAAAAAGUCUAUAGCUGCAGUCAAAUGGAGACAGGUGGACUAGCUUAA